AUGGCUUCCGUCGAAAACAAUGCUUACGGCGCGGCCAGGCCUGCCCAGCAACAGCAACAUCAGCAUCAGCGGUCGAAGUCCAGUGUUUUGAAGUCUUUCAUGCACCGCCGGAACAAUUCCGACGGAUCAGCUCUGCCGUCUGCUGGGUUGUCGAAUACAUCCCAACCGAAGGUCCAGGCUACGACUCAACAAGAUAUGGGCUUUCCGAACUUCUCACGCCCCGCUGCCCUGGGCGAGAUCCAGCAGAACCAGGUUGGCGGAGCCCCUCGGUCGCCCAGCAAGCAAGACGAAAGACCAUCCGCCUCCCGAUCUCCGAGUAAAGACACCUUCGCCACCGUCCACGUCAAGCCAAUAGCAGCCAAGGAGAAACAAGACACUGCUCGGGUGAAGCCGAAGAAGACCAAGUCGACUACCAACCUGGCCGGGCUGUUGAGUAGGCCGAAGAGCUUAAAGAACUUGCAUAAGCUGGCUAGUCAGGACGAUGUACUUUCCAGGAAGGACAAGGAGAACCGGUCGCCCCCUUGCUCAGUGACACCACUGGAAUUGCCUCGGCCACCCAUCUACGCCCAAUUCUCUAGCGGAGCUUUGGAGAAGCAGAGCGGGCAGGUCGAUCAGAACGUCUUUGGUCACGGGUACACCCAGAAUGUGUCCUCGACCGACGUAUCAGGCCGUUUGGCAAAGCCGAGACCGAAAUCCUACCAUGCACAGUAUACCGCGAGCUCAACCGACUCGAAACAAAGCUCAAUUAGUGCGAAGAGCUCCCCUUCAAAGAUACAACGAGGCCUCAAAAUAUUCACGAAUGGGUCGGGAUUUAAGAACAACCAGCCCUCAGUUGAAGACUCGGGGCAAGUUCUCGACCCCAAAGAUGUCGACAAGCAUCUGGAGGCAAUGCUGGACCGACGGAACAUUCCUGAGCACCAGAGAUACAAGAUGCGUAAUCUUGCCGACACCAUCAAGAUGGAAUUCAUACGACAGGACUGGGCCGAGAGUCGGGGGAUCAACAACGCCCGGCCAGAAAGUCACGACAGUGACUCGAGUAUGACUGGUACCCAGCCCAAUGAUGAAAGCAAGGCGAAGCAGUCGAGAGGGCGGACCUUUACCCUGUCGAGGAACAACGGCAAGAAAUCCGAACCCAGCUCACCAACGAAGAAGCAGAAGGGUGAAGGCACCAUAGGCCGCCAUUUCCGGAGCCGGUCUACCGACAGCGUCGCUAGUGAGCGGCCUUCUUCGGCUGGAUCAAAGGAGGGCUCAGGGACCGGCAUCUUGUCCAAAAUCAAGUUGCAGCAAGGGCCUUCCGAUUAUGUGAACUACCUGCGCAAGGUCCAGAAACCACAGGCGGUGGAAGUAGGCAAGCUGCACAAACUGCGUUUGCUGCUGCGCAAUGAGACUGUGGUGUGGACAGAGGAGUUCAUUCGCCAAGGAGGGAUGCAAGAGAUUGUAGCGCUCUUGCAUCGGAUCAUGGAGGUCGAGUGGAGAGAAGAGCACGAGGAUGCCUUGUUGCAUGAAAACCUCCUGUGUCUGAAGGCUCUCUGCACUACGGCCCUCGCAUUGCAGUAUCUUCACUCGAUCCAAGCGACACUCUUCCCAGCCCUGCUGCACAUGCUUUUUGACCCGGAGAAGAAAGGCCCAAGCGAGUUUACCACUCGCAACAUCAUCACAUCGGUCUUGUUCACCUAUAUCCAGUCCGCGUCACCCCAAGACAGGCCCAUCCGCGCCAAGACUGUCCUCGGGCAAAUACGCGAUCCUGAACCGAAGGAGGACGAACGGCCAGUGGGCUUCGUCAUGGAAAUGCGACGCGACCGUCCGUACCGUGUCUGGUGCAAGGAAUCCACCAAUGUCACCAAGGAAGUAUUCUGGAUCUUCCUACAUCAUCUGAACAUCGUCUACCUGCCACGGGACAAGGAGGCCAAGGCAGGCACUGGCCCGUCCGGGGUGGACAGCCUCACGUAUAUGCAGAGUCAUUUCCCCCAGGAGCGGCCGCCGGUCCCGGCAGCUCCCUACGUCGGCGGUGUUGAGUGGGAUGCCACAAACUAUCUCGCUUCCCAUCUCGACCUCCUCAACGCCAUCAUUGCCUGCACCGGAACGGCGGAAGAGCGCAACAACCUUCGCGGCCUCCUCCGCAUAUCGGGAUGGGAGCGCUGCAUGGGAGGCAGCCUGCGGCUCUGUAAGGAGAAGUUCUACCCCGGCGUGCACGACGCCAUGCGGACCUGGGUGGCGGCCGCGGCGGACGACGGCUGGAAUGUCCACGAUGUGCGAUACGGGCCGCCGGCGGAGCCCAGGAGCCCCACGAAGAAGUACCCCGGGGCCAGCAGUCCCAAGAAGAAGGAGGACAUCGCGCCGCCCAAGAUCGAGAUGCCGAAGCUCGACUUCGGCCGCGACGCGGCCAACGGCCCCGUGGUGAGCCCAAUGGUGAAGGCGAGCGAUGACUGGCUCUCGUAG